AGUUUUACUACCAAACACAGGGCUAAAAUGGUUACCCAAUAAAAAAAAAAAAAGAUGAUAACAAACAUGGCGUGCUAAAAGCGUCCUCGAGCAAAUGAAUUUGUUUAUCGGAUCGUUGUUCGCUUGAACAAUACCCGCCUCCCUGGAUUAUGUGGUCACGUACAGUAGGACGGAGCCUCAAUGUCAUCGUUCGGAGAAGGCGGCGGACAGGCGAGGCGGGCGCGCGGUAGAGCCUGGGAGUGAUAUGCACGCGGCGCCGGCGCGCUACGUGUCCGUCAGCGAGCUGUACUCUACGGACGAGGUGGAGCUGUUGCUGGAAGAGAUCCGCGAGCUGGAACCCACGAGCUGCCGCGGCGAGGACGUGCAGGAUUUUGAGAUAGCGGGCAGCGGGCUGGGCGGGCUGGGCGGCGCGGGCGGCGCCGGCGGGCGCUCCCCCUGCGGCACGGAGCUCACGGAGCGCAGCUGGGACUCGCACGCGCAGUACUCGCGCGCGCCGCCGCCGCGCCCGCGCCGCGUGGCGCCGCUCUACUGCCGCCUGCGCCACUUGCUCUCGCUGUCCGGCGCGCUCACGCUGCUCAUCGUCGUGUGCAGCAUCUCGGCAUGCUCGUGCGUGUGGGCACUGGCGGGCGUGCGGUCGUGGCUGCUGCCGCUGGCGGCGCGCGUGCGGCUGCUGCAGCUGGCCGCGCUGAGCUCGGCGCUGCUGCACGGCGCGCUGCUGUUCAUGCACGUGUCGCGGCUCACGCUGCUGCUGCCGCUGGACUGGGCGCGGCUGCGGCUGUGGGGCGGCGCCGGCAGCGGCGCGGCGCUGGCGGGCGGCGGCGCGCUGACGCUGCACGCCGUGCUGUGCGCGCCCGAGUACGGCGCGGCGCCGCGGCGCGUGGCGGCGCCGCUGCUGGCGGCCGCGGCGCUGGCGCUGGCGGGCGCCGCGGCCGCGCUGCUGCUGGCGGCGGCGGCGUGGCGGCGCCGCGCGGCCCGGCGCCCGCGGGCCGAGGCGGCGUCGCUGCGCGCCGAGUACCGCGCCGUGCCCGCCGCGCCGCCCGCGCCCCCCGCGCCCCCCGCGCCGCCCGAGUCGGCGCCGCAGCCCUCCACGUCGCGCGACGACCCCUUAUAG